AUGUCUGAAAACAACAGCAGCUACCAGACCGAGAUUUACGGCAAGGGUGCCUUGAGGAGCAUCCCGCCCAGCGUCACGACUGAUCUGCGUCUGCUGGAGGAGCAGGCUAAAAAGGCACUUGGGGAACGGUCAUUUAAAUAUGUAGCUGAUGGCGCAGGCGAGAAGUCGACUAUGGACAGCAACCGGCUGACGUUUCGGCAGUGGAAACUAAUCCCGAGGAUGACGCGAAGUAUGGACAGCCAGGACGUGUCCGUUAAGCUGUUCGGGCAGAAGUUCGACGACCCGCUGAUCAUGGCGCCCAUCGGCGUCCAGGGCAUCUUUCAUUAG